UUCCGAUGUUCUCUUUGUGUGAAUUACUCGCACAUACUUCCUUUUCCCUAGCCUUCCAGGAGGUACCUAUGUUUUUACUGACCUCUCGUAAAAAACGUAAACGGAGAAGGUAGGUAGGUAUAUCAACCAAUACCUCCCCCCCCAAGUCCCUCGUCACGUCGCUCAAUCGUGCUACCCCCAAUAUCCUUUUCCUCAUCGCCAGCAUCUCCUUCGCCAGCAAGAGGUCAUCGUUGAAGACAAUGCAGAGUACAGAGCAAAAACGAGCCCCAGGACUCCUGGACUUGCCGCUUGAUAUCUUCCCCUGUGUGGCCGAGAACUUAACCGACCGCAGCCUCGCCAACUUCUGUCUGUCUUGCCGUGCCAUCUGCGAGGCACUAAACUCGGCCCUUUAUCGCCGUGCUCGCAACAAUGCGCGUGUCCUGACCUGGGCGAUCAAGAAAAAUCACCCUGUCGUCGUCAGGAAACUCCUCGAAGAGGGUACCAAUCCAGACCUCAUGCUAGGCCCUACCCCGUCCCGGGGCAACCUGUUCGGGGGCUCCUUUUCGAUGGACUUUACAGAUUACUUGCCGAGUCCUUCGGAUCGUCCCGAGCUCGAGGUGCGGGUUGGACAAACCCAUCAACCACUUAGCAAGGUUCUCCCCGCGACAACGGGUUCCAAAAAGCCGAAGCCUCAUAUCGAUGCCCUCGCUUCCGUUUUCAAGGUGGUCAACGACGCUCGUCGCGGAAUCGUGGGCAACGCUCUGGACGUCUAUCCGAUGCCUACCCCAUAUUUGGCGCAGAACCGGGGAAUGAUCUCGCGACCGUCUCAAUACUUUGCUUCGUUGGGUAUAUGGACACCACUCCACCUAGCUGCCGGGCGAGGCCGUCGCCAAAUCGUUGAGAUAUUGCUUGAGAACGGUGCAAAUAUUGACGCCCUUUCCCGAGGAUUCGAUACCUACAGGUUCUCCUCACGCCGAAUACCUGAGGUAGAGUGCUCGUGGUGGAAGCCUCUCUUCAUGGCGAUAUACCAGCGCGAUUACGAUUUAGUCAAGCUCCUGGUCGAGUCCGGUGCAUCGUUUUUUGUCGGUACGGAAGCCUCGGGGCGUCCAGACGGCCACGUGACCGCUUUACACGUAUCGUGCUCUACCGGGUCUAUCGACAUUUCGAGCUUCCUCGUAGAUCAUUACGGGCCGGAGAUGAUACACAUCAAGGACCACCGGGGGAUGACCCCGCUGUCCUGGGCCUACAGGGAGGGUAAAUGGGAUAUGAUUUACUGGCUGGUGCGACAGGGCGCCAGCGUCGAAACCCAAGCCGGGAACGGCCGCUCUCUGCUUCUGGAUGCCUGCGCUCGUUGGGAUUUCGACAGCGCGUUGCGUAUUCUUCGGCUUGACGAAAAUCCCAGCUAUUUAUCCGUUGCCUCGUCAUUACACUACAUCUGUGGCAAGCCUGCGCCCCCCGUGGGUGAGGAUCUCGGAGUUUACCGAGGUCGGUACUAUGACGAGUGCCACGAGGAUCGAUUCCAGGUUGCGGACGCACUUAUCGAAAAGAGAGCGGACGUUAAUGCGAGAACUAUCGGUGGGAACGAGACGCCUCUGGCACUGGCCGCAACCCAUCACCUCGUCUCCAUCGUGAAGCUCUUGAUCGCUGCUGGUGCUGACAUUGAUGCCCAGGAUAAUGCCGGCAACACACCGUUGAUGAGGGCUUGUAGGCGGAAUCCAGAGACAUUUACUUCUCCUAUCCCGACGGUGAAGUUGCUGCUUAAACAGGGAGCCUCCCCUGCCAAGGUCAACCACGUGAACCAAACGGCGUUGGAUAUAGCAUGCAGCUCCGACGGACCGCACAGUUCUGAGAUUGUUCAGCUUUUGAAGCAGCAUGCUACUUCGAAUCACCCUGAGACUCUGGGGGGCAUCUAGGGCGGUGCGCGCGCCAGAUCGCCCACUAUCGGCGUACGCCAUAGCAGAAGGCAGGCACUCAGCGAAGGGUCGGAGGUAACAAUUCGACAGUGGCCAGUGUCUCCCACCCGUCCGCACACGAAAAAUAUUCGAAUCUCCGAGGGCGGGUUCUACUUGGAUAAGCAUCGUAAGAGGGGAUAAGUUAAACACAUUUCUAAGGCGCGAGCAAAUGAAUGAUGAUUAUGAUCAUGAUCAUGAUCAUGAUGGAAUAGGCUGACGAACGUGUUACUG